AUGGUUAAGUGCAUCCUGACGUUGGAGCGUGAAAAAGAAGAUUCCUUCCACGGCCUGACAGAUGGAGUAUUCAUCUUUGAAGCUGUUUCCACAGAAGAUAGCAAAACCAUGCAGGGCUAUGAUGCUAUUGUUGUCGAACAAUGGACAGUCCUGGAAGGUGUCGAGGUGCAGACCGACUACGUGCCCCUGCUGAACUCCCUGGCAGCCUAUGGCUGGCAGCUCACCUGUGUGCUACCAACCCCCGUCGUCAAGACUACCAGGGAGGGGAAUGUAUCCACCAAGCAGAUUGUCUUUCUUCAGAGACCGUGCCUACCUCAGAAAGUCAAGAAGAAGGAAUCAAAGUUCCAGUGGCGAUUCUCCCGAGAAGACAUGCACAGCAGGCAGAUGAGGAAAUCCAAAAGUAAAAUGAGUGCCAGAGAAAAGCGACAAGCAGAAGAAAACGAGAAGAAUUUAGAAGACCAGUUUUCCAAAGCCGGAGACAUGGGAAACUGUGUGCCAGGCCUGUGUCAGGAGGACGAGGCCUCCAAGGAGUUGAAGGUCCCCAUCCAGGAGGUCACAGAAGGGAAGCAGUGUCCCGACCGGUUCUGCGUGGAGGGCGAGGUUGUGCAAAAUGGUCCCGCUGGGCCCUGUAGGGCCCCCGAGGGGGGCUGCACUGGGCACUCCCAUUCCGGGGAGGAUGCCAGGGAGGGAGGUGCCGGGGAGGUGGCCGCAGAGCCCACCACGGUGGAAGACAAUUGAGUCUAGAGCAUUGGUGUUGAAAGCCUGAUGAGCCGGCAGACCCGAGGCUCCGUGCCGGCAUCCGGGUUGGGGGCCAGUUUGCCCCAUUGUCCCGUGUUACCCUUUGGCUUGGCCUGACCUCUUCUUGUGAGUUCACCCGGGCCCUCUGAGGGCUGGGUCCCUGACCGUGUUGGUCUCCGCACAUCCAUUAGAAAUGUGUCGUAAUGCCCCAGUGUUAGAAUACAAGAGGUCAAGUUAUUUCUUCAUCCGUUUCCCAGUCCCACAGGAGGGACUGGGCCAGCCAGUGCCUGUGUCCACCCCCAGGGCCUCCAGGGAACAUUUGAGUCAAGUCCCUCCUUGGGCCUCCCUGGCCACAAACCAAGGCUGUCUGUUAUUCCUUCCCUCCCACCCCUACCGCCCUUGCUGGGGCACUGUCCAUCCCCUGCUGCUCUCUGCAGUUACUGGGUGAUGUGACAACGCCUGGAGGCCAUCAGGGGCCCUGCUCCGUCUCAACCCCACAGACCUGCUGCUUCAGCAAAGAAAAUGACGGUGGGGAGGGGAGGUGUCCCACCUCCCAGCUUUUCUUGAAGUAUUCCCAUAGAUACUGGUAAUCUGGAAAUGAAGAGGUAAUUCUGUGUGUGCCCCUGCUCUUGCAGAAUGUCCGAGAAAGUACUCUGUAUUAGUAUUAAUGCCAAAAACUUUUUUAAGGGUUUUGUACUCAGCACAUCGUACGAACACACGUUCUUUCUGUCGUUUCAGGGCAACCCGGCCAGUUGGGAGCCCUUGUUAUGUGCUAUUUAAAUCAGUGUAUCAUUGGCCAAGUUGUUUCCAUGUAUGCCAUCACGUGUUUAUAUUGUCCAGAAAGUAUUGUUAAGGCUUUAAGUAGAUGCAACUGGCAAACGGUGGAGAGAGAAUGCCGAUUGUCUUGAUCCAAACAACAGCCUGUCUCUUCUCUUUCUUGUUUAGUUACUUAAAGCAAUAAAUCAUCUAUGAGUUCAGUGCA